AUUUGCAGUGCCGCGAUGUCUCUGCACACAUUGCCACUGCUUUUCAUAAAUUUAGGAGGCGAGAUGAUAUACAUCCUUGAUCAGCGACUAAGAGCGCAGAAUAUUCCACAAGAAAAGGCAAAGAAGGUAAUUCAUGACAUUGUUGGUACAAUGUUUAACCGACGAUUCAUGACAGAGCUGUUUAAACCACAGGAGCUCUACUCAAAGAAGGCACUUAGAACCGUAUUCGAUAAACUCGCACAUGCCUCGAUUAUGCGGUUGAACUCGGCCAGUAUGGACAAGCUCUAUGACCUAAUGACAAUGGCAUUCAAGUAUCAGGUGACGCUUAGCACAUCCCCCUCUGAAGUUUUACUCGUAACGCUCAACCACAUGGAUGCCAUUCGUAAUUUCGUUGGUGAAACAGCUGUGAUCAGUGAUCAAGUCAACAAUGUGUACACGCUUCUCAACCAGAACUACGGGAACUUUUCACUUGGCGCGUUUCAGCUAAUAAGACAGACUCUGCUGACCUUCUUUCAAGACAUGCACAUCAGGGUGUCCAUAUUUCUGAAGGAUAAGGUACAGAAUUCUAAUGGCAGGUUUGCUAUUCCGACAAGCGGGCCUGUUCCCCCUGGUACAGAAAUUCCCGGAUUAAUAAGGUUAUUCAAUGACAAGGGCGAGCAGGUGAAGACGGUGAGCUUUGCCUCGGGAGGAAACUACACCUGUCCUCUGGUCGCCAGCUCCAUCGAGUUACACGGCAACAGGGUCACGAGGUUGGGUACGAACAUGUACACAGUGACUAAACCAUUUGAGACGACUGUCAGUAGAGAUCUGAAUCAUCGCUCUGAAUCUGAAGGAUCAGACGUGGAUAGGAAUAAUCCAAACCCUCUGGCAAAGGCAGAGCUGAAUCUCCUGUCACAGCUCAUCGGCUUGCUACCUCAAAGUCAAACCACACCAAAGUCCGAGUUCAGAAUAAACCUGUUUAACACAGAUGAAGAGGAGGAGGAAUAUGAUCUACAGAAACCAGAUACCUCUUCGCAGGUUAUUAAGAUUGAUGCUUCUAAGGGAGAAUAUGGCAGCACUCUCGACAAGAUGGUAGGUGAGAUGAGCAUGGCAGGAGCGGGAGCGGACAGCAGCUCUAAAGGCGACGAUCUUCUCUCUCUGAUGGACAGCAUCGAGUGACGAAGCCAUCCAGCAAGCAAGCCAGCUAGACAAGGGAACCAGCUAGAGCAUUGGCUGCCCUGCCGGAGUCCCUACCAGCUGGGCUGUGGGACACUUACCCUCCCUCCCUCCCUACCAACCGGGUCGUGUUAUAUACCUCCCCGCCGCACACCCUCCCUCUCCCUCCCCCUCAUCUAUUUUGUACAAUAGUCCGUCCUUACUAUGCCACCCACGAUGUCCGUGAAUCGGUCGUCACGUCAUCUCAAGAGCAAGUUGGUAUGACAUUGGUGCAGUCUACUUCUGCUCGCGUGUUGUUACGUGUCCUCUGAGUGGUGACGUAUUGCCAGAGUUCCAUCUGUAGUAGCAGUAGGGUGCGCCAACCAACAGUCAUUGUAAUGUACAUCCUUAUUAGUGGUGAUUCCAAUUGAUGUGGCUUCCACGCACGAAUCGUUGACUUAGUUGUUUGUUCGGUUUGUGUCGUACUGUGUUUGUAUUGUGAUGCAUCGUGGUUGAUCGUUUGCAGCUCGCAAAUGUUUGUCAGUGGAUAGUAAUGAGUUUGUGACAAUCGUGAAGCCAUUGAGAUUUUACGUGAAGAUGCCUUGCCAUGAACACAGGGUUAAAUGAUGCAAUGCAUUUCUUCAAGAUUCCGGCAGACAUUGUGUUAGCUGGUUAUAAGGUAGUGCACGUGGACGUAGCGUAUGUGGUUUGAUGUCGUAGGUACGAUGAGUCCACAGUCUCUUAGUAAAGAAGUCGGAGUUUGCAUUUGGAAUUUGGAAUUCCUGGUUAGUCGGUUGAUACUGUGCGUCCUUACUAAGCAUUGUAUGCAGGGAGCGAGUUUUACCCAGAAGAUAACAAAGAUGAAGCUAGCGUGUGUCAUGAUCAGGGGUACUCAUUCCUCUAUAGACAGAUAGAGUCAGGUCGUUAUAGUCCGUGCCAUAUAUAAGUCAGUGUAAGUGUAGGAUUUACGCUGGUAUGACAUAUUCGAUAGCACACAACCCUGCGUGCAUUCGCUUGUGUAAUUCAUGACAUUUUCUGUUAUUCGGACCAAUGCAUAGACAGCUAAUUGUUUAGAUGUUAUGACAAUGAUACUCCACUGUGCCCUAGUCAUAAUUACACACCUGUUUAUUCACUCCAAAUACAGGCAUCUCUGUUUAGUAAAUGACACUAUAUACAUAUAUAUAUAUAUAUGUAUCAAGAGUACAUAA